AUGAAGGUUGAAAUUGACUCCUUUUCUGGUACCAAGAUCUACCCCGGUAGAGGUACCCUCUUCGUGAGAGGGGACUCGAAGGUGUUCAGAUUCCAGUCGUCGAAGUCGGCCCUGUUGUUCCACCAAAGAAAGAACCCCAGAAGAAUCUCGUGGACCGUGUUGUACAGAAGAGCCCACAAGAAGGGUAUCUCGGAAGAAACCUCCAAGAGAAGAACCAGAAAGACCGUCAAGCACCAAAGAGCCAUCGUCGGUGCCUCGGUUGAAUUGAUCAAGGAAAGAAGAUCGCAAAAGCCCCAAGACAGAAAGGCCGCCAGAGAAGCCAAGGCUGAAAAGGACAAGGAAGCCAAGAAGGCUAGAAAGGCCGCCAGAAAGGCCGCCCAAGCCGAAGCUCAAGCCUCGGGCGCCGCCGGCAAGGUCUCGAAGAUGAACCAAAAGGGUGCUUUCCAAAAGGUCCACGCCACCUCUCGUUAA